AUGCCCACAGACAGAGCCCCCCGUGUGGCCCACAGACACCGAGGGGGAACCGCCAGGGGUCUCGCCACAGCCGCAGGAGUCCCCGGAGCUUUGUUGGCAGAGUUUCUCACAAGUCUCUGGGUUGGGGUUUCUCUGCUCGGGGACCACAAGGGAAGAGAGUCCGGAGGAGUGGACGCGGAAGAGAGAAACCCCAUCUGCUCAAUGUGCUGUGCAGGGUUAGCUCCUAUGGCUACAGGUCAGCUGCUCACCAACUCUGCAUUUAAAGGUUCAUCUGAAGCUCUGUUAUGUGACAUUUGA